AUGGAAGGAAAUUGCAGUGUUGUUAUUCAACGUAUCCUUCCACCAAAGCAUAAGGAUCCAGGAAGUGUCACAAUACCAUGUUCUAUUGGUGAAGUUGCAAUCGGCAAGGCUCUCAUUGACUUGGGAGCCAAUAUCAAUUUAAUGCCACUCUCCAUGUGCCAGCAACUUGGAGAGUUAGAGAUAAUGCCCACUCGCAUGACCUUACAGUUGGCUGAUCGCUCCAUCACAAGACCCUGUGGAGUGAUUGAAGACGUUCUGGUUAGGGUCAAACAUUUGAUCUUUCCAGCUGAUUUUGUAGUGAUGGACAUAGAAGAAGAUGCUGACAUUCCCCUAAUUCAUUGA